UCGACCUGCAAGAAGCAACUUAUUUCUUCUUCUUGCUGAGCACUUUCAAUCUACGUUUUGCUUUCUCGAGUGUUCGAGUUAUCCUUGUCACCAAUCUGGAGAUCCAGGACGUGAUGCAGUGAUGGGUCGGAAGGUUAAGAAACGAGUGCGCCGCACUGACGGCAGUGAUGAAGAGGAGAAUCAUGUUGGCGUGGCCGUGGAAAGCUUGGGUGCCGAUGAUGCGAUGUUCAAGGAUGAUGUGGAUGUGCACCAUGGGAAGUUGAUGCUUGAUCCUGAGGAUGAUGAAGGAGACUUUGAUGAGAGAUUUCCGGGUGUUCAUAUUGAUCCUGCCGAUUUAGACGACACCGAUGACAGUGAUGACGACGACGAUGACGAGGACAGUGACGAGGAUGGAGAGGAAGCAGGUGAUGGCACCAAAGCCUGGGGAAAGAAAGCAUCAGCAUUUUAUGGCACAGACUACAUUGACGACGGUCUCGGUGGCGAUUCAGAUGAAGAAGUAGCGAAGGCUGAGGAAGAGGAGGCGCUUGCGUUCCAGUCAGAACAGCAAGCAAUGUUGGAAGGUGAUGACUUUGGCUGGGCAGAUGACGGUGGCGCAAAGCCUGAUGCUGACGAGGACGCUUCCGCACCAGAAGAGACAGUACUUAAGCGCAAGGCUGGUAUGUCAGAUGCUAAGUGGGCAAAGUACAUGGAAAAGAUGCAUCCUGAGGUUGUAACUCUGAAGGAACUCGUUGCGGCAAAGACCCAGCAGGCGGAUGACGUCGAGGUGCUGCUGAAACGUGGACGGGCACUGAAGCAAACUCACAAUGUCAAACAGGUUGUCAAAUUCCUGGGCUAUAAAUUCCAACUGCUUCUAAUGUCAGUUCAGCAUGCACUCUUCUACUUACACAUUCUACACAAGCAAACGCCGGGAGCCAAAAACCAUCCGGUUGUCAAAUCUAUUUUCAGAGACGAAGUGAUAUUGGAGCGCUUGGAAAACACCGGCUCACACCUUCAACCCAUGAUAGAUGCGCUGGAAGGCGGCGAUGAUAUGGAGGCGGCAGAGGCUGAAGCGUAUGGUGCUCAACAGCCAGCCGACACGCGGAAAUCGCGAAAGCAGGCAAAGAAGGACAGGCUGGAGAAGGCAAAGCAGCAACGUGGUGCUGCACAGGGUGAUGAAGAUGACAGCAAUGAAGAAUUUGGCGGCAAGGCAGAGGCGGAAAAUGGUAGUGAAGAGCCCGCUGCUAAGCGUGCCAUCACUUAUGAGAUGGCUAAGAACAAGGGUCUGACGCCGCAUCGCAAGAAGGAGGUGCGCAACCCACGCGUGAAGAUGCGCAAGAAGUUCCACAAGGCCAGCAUUAGAAGAAAGGGACAGGUACGGCCAGUGAAACAGCAGCAGGGCGCAUACGGCGGUGAGCUCACCGGUAUUCGUCGUGAUGUCACCAAGAGCGUGAAGUUCUAAAGACAGCGCUAUAAGUUGAGGGGAGCAGGCGGCAGGAUUCGAGGGACAUGCGAGCGCCUGGCCACUGCGCGCAUCUUACUUCAGACUUCAUCUGAGAAAGAGGUGUUUCCAGAUCACGUCCGAUAAAACCGAGUUGAUGAACCAUCUAUUUUGUAACUUUUGUUCAAUUCCUGUUUUGAGCAACAUGGCUUACGCUUGGAUCCAAAGUUCCAAACUUGACUCAGUUCUUAUGGAUCACCAAUGUGGCCACAUCCAGCCACCGCAUCUUGGUGUUCGGUACGAUGGCCAGAGUUUAUGUCAGCAGUUGGUGCUUGCAACUUUGGCCAUGCUUCCUUUGAAAGAGGUCCGCUCCAUCCCAGGGCUUGCCCCAUCAUCUGACUGUGGCGUCCUUUCAUGCUCCGCGUCGUCUGGCGAUCUUCUACUGGCGGACUCCAAUGGCGGAGGCUCGGGGGUAAUCGGGAUGAUUGCUGUCCUCGUUUUGGCCGUGGGAGAGUGAUUGAUUUCUCCCCAGCACAACCUGGACCUAACCAGUACUCUUUGCUCUCCCUUUUUUACAUCUGUAGCAGUGUCAGUUCUUGUGUUGCAAUCUCAGUAUCUAGACGACGAUGACAGCUCAGUGAAUUCGGAGACUAUUCUCUGUGAAUCUCAUUUCCUGUUCAUAACACAGCUCCACUGUGGUCAGUGCUUGUUUAGUUCAAUAAAUGACGCCUGGCUUCCGAGUAUUGCUCACACUUCACAAUCCUAUUCUGCUCGUGUUGCGGCACAUUAUGCUUGUCUACUUGGCGUAUGUGACGAUGUGCUGCUGUGCAGAGGGUGGAGAUCGAAACUCCUGUCGGUCCACGUGCUGCGUGACACAACUUGGUGUGCCCUUGUUUGGCUAGCUAAUCGGUUGCUUAUUGUGGAGCUCCGGAGGUGGUUUACUUCACGCUGUGGAAAUAAAACAUAAAAACCGAG